AUGGCAAAGACAGCGCUGUGGACCAGGGCCCUGGUGCUCAUCUUUGCCUGGGUCUCCCAGGGGGAAGCCUUGAGAGCUCACUCCCGCAACCACGUCAACAGCAUCUGCAGUACUUGGGGCAAAGACCACUUCAAGACCUUCGAUGGGGACAUCUACCAGUUCCCAGGCAUGUGCGAAUACAACCUGGCGUCUGACUGCCAUGAGGCCUAUCUGGACUUCUCCGUGCACAUGAAGAGGGCUGAGGUCAAUGGUCACCCCACUGUCAGCCGAAUAGUGGUCACCAUUAAGGACGUGGUCAUCGUGCUCACCGAGAAACUGGUCACUCUAAAUGGAGACACAGUCACCACGCCAUACUAUGGCUCAGGAGUCCUGCUGGAGAGGAACACGAUCUACACCAAACUCUAUGCUAAGCUGGGCCUCAGCAUCAUGUGGAAUGGAGAGGACGCUGUCACACUGGAACUAGAUUCCAAAUAUCAAAACCGCACCUGUGGACUUUGUGGAGACUUCAAUGGUAUCCCUCUCCACUUUGAAUUUCUGGAAAAGGGUCGUGAGAUAAGCCCUAUUGAGUUUGGGAAUCGUCAGAAGGUCCACCUUCCCACAGAGUACUGUGAAGAUCCCUCUGAGGAAGAGGAGUUUGAGGAUUCUGGUUACAGCAAAUGUUCCACAUUUCACAAAAGCUGCGCCGAGCUCCUACGGUCUGAGGCCUGGAGGUCAUGUGCCCUGGUCCUGAGCCCUGAGCCCUACAUCCAGGCCUGUGUGCGCGACAUGUGCAGCUGUGGGGAUGUCCCAGAUGACUUCUGCAUCUGCAGCACCCUCGCCGAAUACUCCCGACAGUGCUCGCAUGCAGGGGGCACACCCCCCAACUGGAGGACCCCAAACUUCUGUGAAAAGCAAUGCCCCCUGAACAUGGUGUAUGCAGAGAGUGGCUCUCCAUGCAUGAACACCUGCAGCCAUGCAGACACCAGCCUGCUGUGUGAGGAGCACCGCAUGGAUGGCUGUGUGUGCCCUGAAGGCACAGUGUUUGAUGAUAUCUCAGGGAGAGGCUGUAUCAGUCAAGAGCAGUGCCAGUGUAUGCAUGACAAAGUGUAUAACUCAGGCGAAGUGCUGCAACAGGACUGUGAGGAAUGUGUUUGUAACCAGGGAAGAUGGUCAUGCAAGAGCCUCCCCUGCCCUGGAGAGUGUGCUAUAGAAGCGGGGUCACAUGUGACAACCUAUGAUGGGAAAACCUACACAUUCCACGGAGACUGCUACUACAUCCUAACCAAGGACUGUGUGGGGUCAAAGUUCUCUGUGCUGGGCCAGCUGGUGCCAUGCGGUUCUCAGGAACUGGACACGUGUCUGAAAUCAGUGGUGCUGCUGCUCAACAAUGACAAGACCAAUGCAUUGGUAAUUAAAGCAGAUGGGAAAAUGCAUCACAAUGCUGAGAUCAGUCUGCCCUACACCACAGCGAAUGUACACGCUUUCCGGGCGUCCUCCUUCCACAUCAUCCUGCAGACCGACUUUGGGCUAGAGCUGCAGAUCCAGCUCGUUCCCAUCAUGCAACUGUACAUAACCCUGGACCGGACAUAUCUGAGGAAAACAUGCGGCCUGUGUGGAAACUUCAACAUGGUCCUGCAUGAUGACCUGAAGACCCUUCAGGGGCUGGUGGAGGGCACCGCUGCAUCCUUCGCCAACUCCUGGAAGGCCCAGGCCAGCUGCCCGAACAGGAUGGAGCGACUGGAUGACCCCUGUUCACUCAGUGUGGAGAACGAAAAUUAUGCUGAGUACUGGUGCUCAAUGCUGCAGAGUCGAAAGAGUGAGUUUUCCAAGUGCCACACUGUGGUGAACCCUGAAGUGUACUACAGGAGGUGCAAGUACUCCAGCUGUAACUGUGAGAAGAGUGAAGACUGCCUGUGUGCUGUGUUCUCCUCCUACGUGAGAGCCUGCCAGGCCAAAGGCAUAGAACUGCAGGGCUGGAGGACCAAUGUCUGUGGCAGGUACACCGAGACCUGCCCCGCCUCCCAGAUGUUCUCCUACCAGCUGCAGCAGUGCCAGAAAACGUGCCAGUCCCUCGGGUCCGAACGGCCCAGCUGCUCCACUGACUUCCUACCUGUGGACGGCUGCUCCUGCCCCGAAGGCCUUUACCAGGACGACAGGGGCGUGUGCGUGCCCAUGGCCAAGUGCCCCUGCUACCACAACGGCGACCACAUCAAGCCUGGGAAGUCCAUCACCAUAAAGAAUGAGCACUGUGUGUGUACCAACGGGAGGCUUCAUUGCCGAUCUUGGAAAUUACAAUCUGAGACGUGCCCGUCUCCAAAGGAAUUCUUCAGCUGCUCCUCAGCACAGCCGAAUGCACAAGGGAUAGAGUGCGCCCGCACCUGCAGCAACCAGAACGGCGACUGUUUCUCCUCCGAAUGCGAGUCUGGGUGCCAGUGUCCGAGUGGGCUUCUGGAUGAUGGUAGAGAGAACUGUGUGAAAGAGCAUGACUGCCCGUGCCUCCACGACGGGCACUUCUACGCCCCUGGAAGGCAGAUCGCAGACCAGUGCAACACAUGUACAUGUAUACGGGGAAUGUGGAACUGCACUGAAAAUAAAUGCCCUGGCACAUGCACCAUCUAUGGCAGUGGCCAUCACUUGACCUUUGAUGAGCGGCGCUUUGGUUUCCGUGGACAAUGUGGUUAUGUGGCUGUGCAGGACAAAUGUGGAAAUAACACCGGGAUGGCAAAUUUUCGUGUGAUCACUGAGAACAUUCCAUGCGGAUCCACUGGCACAACUUGUUCAAAGUCAGUCAGGAUUUACCUGGGGAGAACUGAGCUGAAGCUGUCAGGGGGGGAGGUUGAGGUGGUGGAGCACAGUGACUUGCCAUUUAUAGACUACAAAGUGAGGAUCGUCGGCUUGUUUAUCGUUGUGGAUUCCAGAAUCGGGAUCUCUGUGGUAUGGGAUCGCAAAACAACUGUUCGCAUUGUCCUGCAGCCAAGCCAUAUGGGAAAUGUGUGUGGUCUGUGCGGAGACUUUGAUGGCGAUGGCAGAGAUGACUUCACCACCCAGGGGCAGCUGGUAGUUAGCAGCCCCUUGGAGUUUGCCAACAGCUGGAAAGUCUCCAGCUCCUGCCCGGACGCCGAUGUUGACCAGGACCCAUGCAGCUUAAACCCCCAUCGACACAGCUGGGCCAUGCUGCAGUGCAGCAUCAUCAAAGGCAACACCUUUAUGAACUGCCAUGAGAAGGUUGACCCCAUCCCGUACUAUGAGAACUGUGUUAGCGACUCGUGCGCGUGUGACAGCGGGGGAGACUGUGAGUGCUUCUGCACGGCUGUAGCGGCUUACGCACAGGCCUGUAACGAGGCUGGAGUCUGCGUCGCCUGGAGGACUCCGUACCUGUGCCCGGUGUAUUGUGACUACUUCAAUGCUCCAGAGGAGUGCAACUGGCACUACAGUCCAUGCCACACCCCCUGCUACAAAACCUGCUUCAACCUACAGGGCAUAUGCAGCAAUCCCCUACCCAAUAUGGAAGGCUGUUACCCCUCAUGUCCACCGGAUAAGCCUAUAUUUGAUGAGGGAAAACAGAUAUGUGUGGAGGAAUGUCCUGGGUGUUGUGUGUACAAUGGGACAGAAUAUAAUGAUGACGACAUUAUUUACGAUUUGACUGACAACAUGGGAAUGUGCUACUCUGCCAUCUGCAAAAAUGAAACGGUCAUUCAUGGAAAACAUCCAUGUUCAACAACGCCACCACCAUCAACAACCCCAGCUACUACGGAACCAUCCACUACUCCCAUUACCACACCUAAAUCACCAACACCAUCAACAACCCCAGUUACUACAACAACCCAACCGACAACACCAUCCACAACCCCAGUUACUACAACAACCCAACCAACAACACCAUCCACAACGCCAGUUACUACUACAACAACACAGCCAACAACACCAUCCACCACAACUACAACAGGACCACCUACAACAACACCCCCAGUUACUACUACAACACCAUCCACCACAACUACAACAGGACCACCUACAACAACACCAGGACCACCUACAACAACACCAUGCAUUGACAGAUGUGAGUGGUCAGAGUGGUUUGACGUAGAUACACCCUCAUCUGAAAAAGGCGAUUGGGAAACAUAUGGAAAUAUCACAGCCAGUGGAAAAGAAGUGUGUCAAAAACGUGAAGACAUUGAUUGCAGGUCUACAUUGGCUCCAAAUAUGACUCUAGACGACUUUGUAGCCGAAACAGAACAAGUCGUGCACUGCAAUCUCUCAUUUGGUUUAAUAUGUAAAACUGAAGAACAAGUAGCGCGCCCAUAUAAGUGUGCUAACUAUAAAAUUCGAAUAUUCUGUUUUAUUACAACAACCCGACCAACAACACCAUCCACAACCCCAGUUACUACUACAACAACCCAACCAACAACACCAUCCACAACACCAGUUACUACUACAACAACCCAACCACCAACACCAUCCACAACCCCAUUUAUUACCACAACAACCCAACCACCUUACUACUACAACAACCCAACCAACAACACCAUCAACAACCCUAGUUACGACAACAACAACCCAACCAACCCCAGUUGUGGAUACUACCCCAGUAGUGGAUACAACAACCCAACCAAAAACACCUUCCACCACCGUAGUUACUACUACAACAUCACAACCAACAACACCAUCCACAACCCCAGUUACUACUACAACACCAUCCACCACAACUACAACAGGACCACCUACAACAACACCAUUUAUUACAACAACCCAACCAACAACACCAUCCACAACCCCAGUUACUACUACAACAACCCAGCCAACAACACCAUCUACAACCCCAGUUAUUUCUACAACAACAGAAUCACCAACACCAUCCACAACCCCAGUGUCCACGACAACAACGCAGGUCCAGGUCCAACACCUUGUGUCUGUAUUGUGAACGACACGCUUUAUCUACCAGGAGAGACAAUAUUAGAUAUGAUACAUAUUGGAUCUGGCAUGUGCCUCAGUAUGAACUGUUCUGAUAACUGUACUAUUGAGAGCAACUUAAGAGCAUGUCAUGAUACAACUACUCCACCCCCACCCCAACCUUCAACCACAACUCCAACCACUCCAUAUGUUCCCGAAUGCCCGGAAUGGGGUGUAGAUCAAAAUGAAACAUUCCUGCUUUGUAACUGCACGAUAGCACGGUGCAUCGAGGACAACAUUGUUGAAAUCAUUCCCUACGAAUGUCCCCCUCCGAAAGAGAUCACCUGCGCUAACAAGAAAGAACCCGUUUUGGUGUGGGAUGAGCACAAAUGCUGCCAGUAUAAUGUCUGCGACUGCUUCUGUGAGGGGUGGGGCGACCCCCACUACAUAACCUUCGAUGGGCUGUUCUACAGCUUCCAAGGAAACUGUACAUAUGUACUGAUGGAGGAGGUGAUAGCUUCGCACAAACUGAAGAUUUACAUAGACAACGUCCACUGCGACCCUGCGGAAGUAGUCUCCUGUCCGCGCUCCCUCAUUGUGUCCUACAAAACCGACGUCAUAACCCUGAAGAAUCACAACCUCAUUGGUGCUGCUAAUCUAGAGGCAAUUGUAAACGGAGCUUCGCAACAUCUCCCGUAUCUCAGCGACAGCAUUAAUGUCCUCAGCACUGGGAUUAACAUGGUGCUGGAAAUCCCUGCUCUGGAUGUGUUAAUAACCUUUGGGGUCACCGGGUUCAGCGUCCACCUCCCCUUCAGGCAUUUUGGCAACAACACACAAGGACAAUGUGGAACCUGCAACAAUAACCAGGCGGAUGACUGUAUGCUGCCUGGGGGCCAGCUAAUGAAGGAAUGUGCAGUUAUGGGAGACUACUGGGUGGUUGAGGAUCUGCACAGACCUGACUGUACUGUGCCAGACAUCAUCACACCCACUGCUACACCAGCCCCGCCACCAGACUGCGGCCCCAACCCUGUCUGCGACCUCAUCAAGAGCAGCCUGUUCGCAGAAUGUCAUGCAGUCAUCUCGUCGGAUCACUUCUUCCAGGGCUGCAUGUAUGACAGCUGCUUCAUCGACAACCCUGCGGUGGAGUGCACCAGCCUGCAGACCUACGCUGCUGCCUGCCAGGACUCAGGCAUCUGCCUCCACUGGAGGAACCACACGGACAAAUGCCCGAUUCAGUGCCCCGCAGGCAAGGUGUACAAGCCAUGUGGCCCCGCAGAACAGCCUACCUGUGAAGACACCGAUGAGCAUCCUGCAAUGCAGUUCAUGACUGAGGGCUGCUUUUGCCCUGAUGGCAUGAAGCUCUUCAACAAGGAGUCUGGGGUGUGUGUAGAGAAAUGUGGAUGUCUGGAUCCCAGUGGGGAGCCACGAGAGUUCAACGAAGACUUCCGGUACCAGUGUCAGGACUGCACUUGCCAUGAGCCCACCAAAACAGUGGUCUGCCAGCCAAUUCAAUGCCCAGGCCCUGAGAUGGUUAGCUGUAAUAAACCGGGAUUUGUCAUCAUCAACGAGACUAACCCAGCUGAUUCCUGCUGCUCACAACUGGUCUGCCGCUGCAAUGGCAACACAUGUCCACCCAUUGACCCAACAUGCACCACAGGAUUUAUUCCUGUUGUCACUGUGCCAGAUGGAGAAUGCUGUCCUACAUAUACAUGCAAACCAAAGAAGGUCUGCGUUCACGACCAUAUGGAAUACCUGCCUGGGGCGUCAAUACGAGUGGAACCCUGUCAAGACUGCAUCUGUACUACAGAGAUAGCCCCCGAUUCCGGCCUGUACAAAUUGGACUGCUCCAUAGAGGCCUGCGACCAGAACUGCGAACCGGGCUUCAGGUACAUUGAAACGGAAGAGGACAAGUGCUGUGGAAGGUGUGUGCAGACUCAUUGUGUGCUGCAGGUCGAUGGACAGAUUCAGCUGCUCCAGCAUGGACACACCUGGUCACCUCCUGGAAACAAGUGUGUGGUGCACAGCUGUCUCAGAAUCAAUGGGACCUUCGUUUCCACACUCUCCAACAUCAAGUGUCCACCCUUCCACGAAAGCAACUGCCAGCCGGGAACGAUUCAGGUGUCUGCUGACGGCUGCUGUCACGUAUGUGUGGAGAAGGAGCGGGCCUGUAAGGUAGAAACCACGAAGACCCACAUUGUUCAUGACAGUUGCCAAUCGGUGGACGAGAUUGACAUGGCGUACUGUGAAGGAGCCUGCAACACCUAUACCAUGUACUCUUCUGCCACGCCCGCCUUCAUGCAGCACUCCUGCACCUGCUGCCAGGAGUCUCGGACCAGCAACCGCACAGUCAGCCUGUUCUGCAUGAACGGGGAUCUGGUCCCCUACACAUAUGUCCACGUGGAGGCCUGCAGCUGCAGGGUCACAGACUGCUACAGUCUCAAGGAGGAAGCCAGGCCCCUCCCCUUUAAACGCCAAGCCCAAUCUCGGCCGUAGACCUGGUCACGACCCACUGAAAGCGAAACGGUCAUGUGACCCUGUGAUACCGCUUUAACACCCAUCUCUUUACCAUGACACGGUUACUCUGUAGCAUGUCUGUCUGUUUACUCUAAAUACUGAUAUUUAAUGUUCUUUAAUUUGUUCCUGACUAAUUUUAA